AUGGCCAAAGUCAGGACGUGUGAACCGUUUGAGCUUUACAACGUCCUCAAACAGUGCGGCUGUGUUUCGAGUCUGGCAGACAUUAACUAGCUCUGUUUGGUUGAUGCUCGUGAAAUUCAAGAUUACAACACGAGUCACAUCAUAAUAUGGAAGGAUUCAGAUGGUAAAUUCCUCCUGCCAGUGGCUGCGGAGGUUGACAGUAUGCAGCAUGUGGACGUCUACGACAGCACCACACACUGUUUGCAUGAAAAAGGCAGAGCAGCUGAAUGUGCUCGUCCUAAAGCAAGUCUCUGUCCGGUCCACAUACUGAGUGAAGGCUUUCAGAGGUUCUCAGCUCUGUACCUGUUCUUAAGGACGGAGAAAAUGAUGUACACCAUUAUGGAGCUUGAAAACAUGAAACCACUAGAAAUUGUAGCAGGACUUCUGCUCUCUGAUUUGUAUUCAAGUUUUGAAGGGAUUUGCAAUUUUAUUGGGUCACACAUUAACAUGGACUCUCGUGUCCUGGAAGUUUCCAGACAGGGCAGAAGCCGCUGCAGCACCGUUAUCAUUAUCUUUUUCAUGCAUCACUUCAAAUACACACUGAAGGAGGCCUGGAAGUAUCUUCUGAAAUGUAAACCCAUCAUGAGGCCAAACACAGGCUUUCUAAAGCAGCUGUCUGACUGGGAGCUUCACAUCAUGGGAACUAAAGUGACUGAUAUCUCUGAACCUCAUUUUUAACUAGGGAAUGUGACUAGUUUAU